AUGUCCACCAUAACCCUAACCAAGGAGUCCCACGCUACACCCGAGAAGUUCAGAAUCAAACACCAGGACUCCCUCAGUGUCCUAGGUCCCGAUGCAACAACGUCACAGACCAACGCCAAAACCACCGGCAAAACCGAUGCGGGCUCACCUCCCAUCCAAACGAGAUCUAAGGUCGGCAUAAUUGGAGGUGGAUUUGCUGGAAUCGGAGCCGCCAUCAAGACAAUGCAGGAGUUGAACGAGCACGACUUGCUAAUCUUGGAGAGACACGAUAAUUUUGGCGGCACGUGGUACGCCAACACUUACCCGGGCUGUGCCUCUGAUAUCCCCGCGUUGUGGUAUUCCUUCUCAUUCGCUUUAGCUUCCAACUGGAGCAGGUUGCAGCCUCCGCAAUACGAGAUGGAAGAGUACUUGUUGCGCGUUGUCGACAUGUACAAAUUGCGAGACAAGGUCCAAUUUAGAACCUACAUUGACCGCUGCGUGUUUGAUGACAAACAGGGCGAGUGGACUCUCUUUGGACACGACAUGCAAACGGGCCAAUUGUUGGAGCACAAAUGCUCGAUUCUCCUCGGGUGCUCCGGCGGCUUGGUCCAUCCGCGGCAUUUGCAAGUUGAAGGAUUGGAUCUGUUCAAAGGGAAAUACAUGCACUCGGCAGUAUGGGACCACUCAGUUGAUUUCAAGGGUAAGCGAGUCGUGGUGGUUGGCAACGGGUGCUCCGCCAACCAGACCGUGCCCGCGUUGCUCAAUGACCCCCAAUAUAAUGCCGGCUCCAUCACCCAGAUUUUCCGCUCAAAGCACUACAUCUUGCCGCCGCUUCCCGCGGCAUUGAUGUGGCUCUACUGGUUGCUCAGUUUCAGCUACUAUGGCUUAUUUGCAGUGCGCUUGCUCGUGGUUGCCAUCGCCGAGGGCAAGUUUCUCCAGUUUAAAGGAGACGGUUACAUUGCAAAUUGGAUACGCCGGGUCCGGGCACAUUCGUCAACGGAGUACGUCAAGAAACACGCACCAAAAAAGUACCACGAGCAAAUCAUCCCCGACUGGACCAUUGGAUGCAAGCGGAUGAUAUUCGACUACAACUACAUUCCAUCCUUGCAUGACCCUAGAAUCGACCUCAGGUCCGAGAGAAUCAAAAAAGUUGUACCGGAAGGGGUCAUUUUGGAAAAUGACGAGUUGAUCCCUUGUGAUAUCAUUGUUGCAUGCACGGGAUACGACCUUGAAAAAUCAUUGCAAUUGCCCGUGAUGACUAGUUCGGGCGCAUCAAUGAAUGAGAUUUGGUCCAGGGAGGGCCCAACUGCGUAUCGUACCAUAAUGGUGAAGGAGGUGCCCAAUUUCUUCUUGAUGUCAGGUCCCAACGCCGGAACGGGACACUCAUCGGUGGUUAUGUCGAUUGAAAAUGCUAUUGAUUUCUAUUUAAAAGUCGCCAAGCCAAUUCUUCAAGGCAAGGAGAAAUCCGUGGUGGUGAAGACUCAAGCGUAUGACACAUGGCACAAGGACAUCCAGCAUGAGUUGAAGCUGAGCAUCUUUGGUACUCCCUUGGGUGGCUGUGUCUCAUGGUAUAACCGUGGUGGACAUAACCACACGACCUACCCUUGGAGCCAGAUUCAUUACUGGUAUGUCACGCAUUUCCCCAAUUAUACCGACUUGAGCUAUUCUCCUUCUUCUUCUUCAAAGAAUGAAAAAAGCCUUGUCGAGGACGACUCAAAGAAACCAAAACUCGAUUGA